CUGCUCCUUCACUCUGUCCCUCCCAUCUUUGAGACUGAUAGGGGAGACCUGCAGCGGCUUCACAGAGCUGAUCACAGCCCUGGCCAGGCUCUCCCAGCCUGGCAGCAAGGGGGGCAGUGGGACCAUGCUGUGCUGGGGGCCACUGGUGCCCAGCUGCAUCCAGGACUCCCAGAGGCACAAAGGAUAAUUGAGAAAUCAGAACUUUCAAUCUGACUUUUCAAUCUAGUUUCCUACAUACCUAUUCCCAUUACUUGUACUAUAAAGCAAAGUUUUAUGGCAAGACUGGAAGAGAAAGCCAGGCUUUCCAGUCUGUGUAUAUCAGCUUUGAGGGGUCAAGAUUUAUUGCAAAGAACCUAUUAUUGCUCUGCUUUUAAGUAAAAGGGAUUUAAAAUGUGAAAUUAGUUUUUCAUUCAGUUAUAGCAGAGAUUAAUUUCUAAUAUUAAUUUGCAUUUCUGGCCAUAAACAAACUAUAUACUGGAAAGUAAAAGCCCAUGACUUUGUGAAAAAACCAGUGAGGAUGAUAUUUAUUAAAAAAACAGAAUUUCUAAGCCAUAAAGAUAUAUGUUUUCCACUGGUGUGUAACUAAUGUGGCGCAAUUUAUCAGGUUUAUCAAGUUUGUCAAGUCAUAUGCAAGUUCUUGCACAGAGGAAAUGUAUAGACUUCUGCUUAUAUUAACUAACGAUUCUAAUAUACUUUCAUAAGGUUUGAUCCACUAAGUGAAAUUGAGCUAACCUGUGGAUACUGAAGAAUGGAAAUAGUUGAUGCCAGCAGCUUCCUUGGGAAUGGCACCAACAUUACUGAUUUCUUCUGUGAUAUCAUCUUGGAAAAUGACACUUUUUUCUGUGUGGAUGAUGCACCUUAUCCUUCUAAAGAUUUGCAUCAGAUAAUAAGGAUUCUGCUGUAUUGUUUGAUAUUUCUGCUCAGCAUUUUGGGGAACACUCUGGUGAUUACGGUGCUGAUAAGAAACAAGCGGAUGCGAACAGUCACCAACACCUUUCUGCUGUCACUAGCAGUCAGUGACCUGAUGCUCUGCCUUUUCUGCAUGCCUUUCACCCUCAUUCCCAACCUGCUAAAAGAUUUUAUUUUUGGAAGUGCUGUUUGCAAAACUGCCACUUAUUUCAUGGGUGUCUCUGUAAGUGUCUCUACCUUCAACCUGGUUGCCAUAUCUUUGGAGAGGUACAGUGCCAUUUGCAAACCACUGCAGUCCAGGGUCUGGCAGACAAAAUCUCAUGCCCUGAGAGUGAUUGCUGCGACCUGGUGUGUGUCCUUUGUUAUCAUGUCACCAUACCCAAUCUACAGCAAGCUGGUACCUUUCACCAAGUACAACAACACCACAGCCAAUAUGUGCCGGCUCCUCUGGCCAAGCGAUGUCAUUCAGCAGUCCUGGUACACUUUCCUGCUCCUCACACUCUUUCUUAUUCCUGGGAUUAUAAUGAUGAUUGCGUAUGGUCUAAUUUCUUUGGAACUCUACAGAGGAAUAAAAUUUGAUGCCAGCCAGAGAAAAUCUUCACGAGAAAGAAGAAUAAGUACCUGCAGUGCCAAAUACGAGGAUGGAGAUGGAUGUUACCUCAACAAAACCAAAAGGAAAAGGAAAAUGCCAUUGCAACAGCUCUCUGCUAUGAGCCACAACAAAAUAGAGAGAGUGAGAAGCAACAGCUCUUCUGCCAACUUAAUGGCCAAGAAACUUGUCAUCCGUAUGCUGAUGGUGAUAGUGGUUUUGUUUUUCAUUUGCUGGACUCCCAUCUUCAGUGUCAACGCCUGGCGCGCCUUCGACACGGCCUCCGCCGACCGGCGCCUCUCGGGGGCUCCCAUCUCCUUCAUCCACCUGCUGUCCUACACCUCUGCCUGCGUGAACCCCAUCAUCUACUGCUUCAUGAACAAGCGCUUCCGCAUGGCCUUCCUGGCCACCUUCGCCUGCUGCGCCCCACAGGCGCCGCCCGCCGCACGCGGGGACGCUGCCGAUGAGGAGGAGGGCAAGACGACGAGGGCUUCCCUCUCCAAAUGCUCCUACACACACAUGGCUGCCUCUGCACCCCCCUGAGCUGCACCGGGGAGGCAGCGAGUGGUGAAACGUCUGCUCUUGGAACGUGGCUGUGGCAUCAGCUGAGCGCCGCUUAGUCCUGAGUUAAUGAAGCGCUUCAGCUGGCAGUAAACACAGCAAGAAUUUUAUGGGAAAUUGAUGCUAUCGCUGUAUGAGUGUUAAAUCACUUUCCCUUCAAGAGUACAAAGGAGGAAGAGAGCUCUGAAGAUAAAGGACUUUAUGAAAAGCCUUAGAAGUUGCUCUAUUUGUAAUAAAUUCCAUUGCAAGAAUUGGUGUCCUCUACAUCUACGGCUUUGCUCAGUUUUCAGAUGCAGUCCUGAGUAUCUCAAGAUAUUUCCAAGAUGCAAAUAGAUUCUCCUCAAACGUAAAUAUAUGUAAUGCAGUCUUCACUUCACCAGCUAUGUCUCAUAAGCAAAAUUCUUUCUGUUAUAUUUGUGGUAUUUUUUCACAUUAUUUUAGCUGAGCUAAUACAUGUUGAGAUAAUUUUGGUGCC